UUUGUGGUUUUUAUGAAUGAGGGAUAGUCCCCAUUGAGUAUAAAUGAAGACCAGCAAAGUGAAGGACAGUACCAGUAAGGCUUGCUCUUGCAAAACAGAGCUACCAGCCAGCCCCCAGGAGACACACCAAAGCCCUACCAUGUCUACCUUGAUGCUGCUGUUCUGCUUGCUCUGCCUGACUGGCUCCAACCUCAGUUCUGCCUCAGGGGACAGCUGCAGCACGUUCUCCAUCACAUUGCCUGACAUGCUCCGAGAACUUCGAGCAGCCUUCAGCAACGUGAAGAUCUACUUUCAAACCAGAGACAAGCUCGAAACCAAAUUGAUAGACAAAUCUUUGCUGGAAGAAUUAAAGAGUUACCUGGGCUGCCAGGCCUUGUCAGAGAUGAUUCAGUUUUACCUGGAGGAAGUGAUGCCUCAGGCAGAGAAGAAUGAAGUGGACAUCAAAGAGAACGUGGGCUCUUUAGGCGAGAAGCUGAAGGCACUGAGAUUGAGGCUCAAACGCUGUCACAGAUUCCUGCCCUGUGAAGAUAGGAGCAGAGUUGUCAAGCAAGUCAAGAGCACCUAUGAGAAGCUCCAGGAACGAGGAGUCUACAAAGCAAUGGGGGAUUUUGAUAUAUUCAUCAGCUACAUGGAGGAAUACUUGACGACGCAUAUCAGAAACUGAGAGAUCCCUCAGACCAGGAAAACCGAGAUGGUGCCUCUGUUAGAAACUGGAAGAGAAUGAGGCACCUCCACAUUUAGAUGCCAGGGUUCCAUGUGAGCUGAGCCAGGUUUUGGAAACCCCAGGGAUGCCUCUUCCCCUCACCCACUGGGCUAUUUAUUACUUUCAUUCAAUACCUCAUCUAGCAUCUCUAUUUAUUUAUCAAACUUCUCUUUGAACUAUUUAGAAUGAAGACAUCUUUUAUUUUUUAAACUAUUUAUUGUUUAUAUCAGUUAAAUUGUAUCCAUAAGAUGACAUCCUAUGUAUUUUAAAAAACAGA